GGGUGCGGGCGGGCGCUCUGUGGUUGCUCCUCCCCGCCGGCGCUCUGGCCCGGGCCGGGCGGGAGCUAUGCGCAGGCUCGGACCUUGCCUCAAGAUGGCGGCAGUGGCGGAUAAACAGAAGCAUGAGCACGGGCGGGUGAAGAUCGGGCACUACAUCUUGGGGGAUACGUUGGGCGUCGGCACCUUCGGGAAAGUCAAGGUUGGAAAACAUGAGUUAACUGGGCAUAAAGUCGCCGUGAAGAUCCUGAAUCGACAGAAGAUUCGCAGCCUUGAUGUUGUAGGCAAAAUCCGCAGGGAGAUUCAGAACCUCAAACUCUUCAGGCAUCCUCAUAUAAUUAAGCUGUACCAGGUCAUCAGUACACCCACUGACAUUUUCAUGGUGAUGGAAUAUGUUUCAGGAGGAGAACUGUUUGAUUAUAUCUGUAAAAAUGGAAGGCUUGAUGAGAAGGAAAGCAGACGUCUGUUUCAGCAAAUCCUUUCUGGUGUGGAUUACUGUCACAGGCACAUGGUAGUACAUAGAGAUCUGAAGCCUGAAAAUGUGCUUCUUGAUGCACACAUGAAUGCCAAGAUAGCUGACUUUGGUCUAUCAAAUAUGAUGUCAGAUGGAGAAUUUUUAAGAACAAGCUGUGGUUCCCCUAACUAUGCUGCACCAGAAGUAAUUUCUGGAAGGUUAUAUGCAGGUCCAGAAGUAGAUAUUUGGAGCAGUGGGGUUAUUCUCUAUGCUUUGUUAUGUGGAACGCUUCCAUUUGAUGAUGAUCAUGUGCCAACCCUUUUUAAGAAGAUAUGUGAUGGUAUCUUUUAUACCCCUCAGUACCUGAAUCCAUCUGUAAUUAGUCUUUUGAAGCACAUGCUGCAAGUGGAUCCAAUGAAGAGAGCAACAAUCAGAGACAUUAGGGAACAUGAGUGGUUCAAACAGGAUCUUCCAAAAUACUUGUUUCCUGAAGAUCCAUCAUAUAGCUCUACCAUGAUUGAUGAUGAAGCCUUAAAAGAAGUGUGUGAGAAGUUCGAAUGCACUGAAGAGGAAGUGCUAAGCUGUCUGUACAGCCGAAAUCAUCAGGACCCUCUAGCAGUUGCUUAUCACCUCAUUAUAGAUAACAGAAGAAUAAUGAACGAGGCCAAAGACUUCUACUUGGCGACAAGUCCACCGGAUUCUUUUCUGGAUGAUCACCACCUGUCUCGCCCUCAUCCUGAACGAGUGCCAUUCUUAGUAGCUGAAGCACCACGUCCUCGCCACACCCUGGAUGAGCUGAAUCCACAGAAGUCAAAACACCAGGGUGUAAGACGGGCAAAAUGGCAUUUGGGAAUACGGAGUCAGAGUCGACCAAAUGAUAUCAUGGCUGAAGUUUGUCGAGCAAUUAAACAACUGGAUUAUGAAUGGAAGGUUGUAAAUCCAUAUUACCUGCGUGUUCGGAGGAAGAAUCCGGUAACAAGUGCAUAUUCCAAAAUGAGUCUUCAGCUGUAUCAGGUGGACAGCAGAACAUACCUACUGGACUUCCGUAGUAUUGAUGAUGAAAUUACUGAAGCGAAGUCUGGGACUGCAACUCCACAGAGAUCAGGUUCUGUGAGCAACUACAGAUCUUGUCAAAAAGAUUCAGAUGCUGAUGCUCAAGGAAAAUCUGCAGAUACAUCCCUUACCUCAUCAGUGAACUCUUCGCUUGACUCGUCCACAGCUGAUGUAACUCCAAGACCAGGGAGUCAUACGAUAGAGUUUUUUGAGAUGUGUGCAAAUCUUAUUAAAAUUCUUGCACAGUAAUUUUGAAGAUGGGCUUAUUUCUUUUACAGCAAUAAGCAUGUCUAAAUCAUAGUCAGAUGCUUCCAAUUAUAAUCAAGUGAAAUUAACUAAGGCGCUGAAAAAGCUAGCCACAAAAUGCAAUUUGCACGGGGAUUAAAAUUAUUAUGAGCAGUUAACAUAUAUUAUUUUGAAGCUGGAGUGAAUUCUGAUUGCCUGCUGUCCAAUAACAUAACACAGGUACAGGAAAUAACAUGCCCUUUGGAUAGUGUUUGUAAUGUUUUACCUUGAGUCCAAAAUAGGCUGCCUAUAACAUUUCAGCUAGAUGGACCUCCUUGGUUUUCGCUGGUUAUGCAUAUAUCUGAAGCACUGUAAGUUAACAUACACAUACUAGUUCAGUGAUCUCAGUAUGACUUGUUGGUCACCCUCCACAAUUGUGACUCAGAACUUUCAGCAUCUCUUAACGUUAAUGUGUUAAAACUGCUAUGUUUCUUCCCCCUUAUUUGACAGAAAAUAAUAAAGAAUGCUUUGAUGCGUUACAAUGUACUACCUUUUUCAAAAAGUGUUAUUAAAUGCAUGCAAAUC